ACUGCACACGGAGCUCGCUCAACGUUACUUCGCGAGAUUUGCUUGGCGCCGCGACCUCAUGUGAGACACCUCCUGCGCGAGCCAGUCCGACGUUACCUCUGCAGAGGAAAACGCGAUGGAGCCCUGAAUUUGUUGACUUCUAUCUCGUUUGAGCAUACAAAAACAUUGGUAUCCACAAAACUGUUUCAGCUGUUAUUUAUCUGAAGCGGUAACGGGGCAGUGCAACGAUGUGGAUCCAGGUUCGUACUAUAGACGGGAAGGAGACGCGAACCGUUGAAGAUCUUUCUAGACUGACCAAAAUUGAGUCUUUACGGCUGAAAAUACAAGAUAUUUUCCAUGUAAGCCCACAGCAGCAGCGACUCUUCUACCGAGGGAAGCAGAUGGAAGAUGGUCAGACUCUGUUUGACUACAACGUGGGGCUCAAUGACAUAGUUCAGCUGCUGAUUCGCUCUCAGACCGAUCCUCCAGACAGCCCCGCCACUAAGGAGUCCUCAGGUGUUUCCUGUAGUUCUGCUCCUCCAUGUGACUCAAAGUCAGAAAGCUGCAACUCCCCAGCUCCCGUCUCCCCCGCAGAAAUGGAAACUUCCACAAAUAUGAACAAUGACAACAACAGCACUACCAGCACUGUAAAUGAAGCCAAGCCAGACACCAGCGCUACCAGUAACUCAACCAGUACCAAAAAUGGGUUCAAGUCUUCUAGUCCAGCACAGGAUGCUCAGCCACCCACAUCCAGCAGAAACACACUAAUUGACCCAGGGAUCGGCCUGUACAAGAUUAACGAGCUGGUGGACUGCAGAGAUGUAAGCAUCGGUGCCUGGUUUGAGGCUUGCAUUGAAAAUGUGACGCUCGCUCCAAAAGGACAGAUAACACCCACCAAGGGUAAGGUGGGUCGCCCCCCAAAAAGGACUAAUGGAAAGCUGGAGGCUGAGCAGGGACAGACCAACAGCCAGAGUCAAACCACGGACAGUAAUAAGAACAAUGUUGUGUUAAAUUCAGAGAGUAAUGGAGCCUCCACCUCUCAGACAGACUCUACAGCAAUGGACAGCAAAGAGAGAGAAGAGGACGUAAUGUACCACAUUAAAUAUGAAGAUUAUCCAGAGAAUGGAGUGGUGGAGAUGCAAGCAGUAGAUGUACGACCACGCGCCAGGACCCUACUAAGGUGGGACCAGCUUCAAGUGGGGAUGCAUGUGAUGGUCAACUACAACAUGGAGACGCCAGAUGAAAGGGGCUUCUGGUUUGACGGCGAGAUUGUCGCUCUUAAUCAAGCCUCUCGCACCAAUAAGGAGCUCCGAGUCAAUAUCCUCCUGGGGGGUCCUGGAGAUGUAAUCGGAGAUUGCAAAGUUCAGUUUUUAGAUGAAAUCUACCAGGUGGAGAAGCCAGGAGCUCGUCCACUCUCUGGUGCAGACGGACAGUUUAAACGGAAGAGCGGCCCAGAGUGCAAGCACUGCAAAGCCGAUCCGGACGCGGAGUGUCGAUUCUGCUCCUGCUGUGUGUGUGGUGGGAAGCAGGAUGCUCACAUGCAGCUGCUGUGUGAUGAGUGCAACAUGGCGUUCCACAUUUACUGCCUCAACCCGCCUCUGGCCACCAUCCCAGAUGAUGAGGACUGGUACUGUCCAACCUGUAAAAAUGACACCAGUGAAGUUGUCAAGGCCGGCGAGAAGCUCAAAGCUAGCAAGAAGAAAGCAAAAAUGCCUUCGGCUACAACUGAGAGUCAAAGAGACUGGGGAAAGGGUAUGGCCUGUGUGGGGCGCACUAAAGAAUGCACAAUUGUUCCCUCAAACCACUAUGGACCUAUACCUGGUGUUCCUGUUGGAACCACCUGGAAAUUCAGAGUCCAGGUCAGCGAAGCAGGUGUUCACAGGCCACAUGUCGGCGGCAUCCAUGGGCGCAGCAACGAUGGCUCCUAUUCACUGGUGCUGGCAGGGGGCUUUGAGGAUGAAGUGGACCGGGGAGAUGAGUUCACCUACACAGGCAGCGGUGGUCGUGACCUUUCUGGAAACAAACGGAUCGGAGAGCACUGUUUUGACCAAACCUUGACUCACAUGAACAGGGCAUUGGCCUUAAACUGCGAUGCACCUCUGAAUGACAAAGACGGAGCAGAGUCCAGGAACUGGCGGGCAGGAAAACCAGUGAGAGUGGUGCGCAGCUCCAAAGGUAGACGUAUCAGCAAAUAUGCUCCAGAGGAAGGAAAUCGCUACGAUGGAAUUUACAAGGUUGUAAAAUACUGGCCAGAGAUUGGAAAGUGUGGUUAUUUGGUGUGGAGGUACUUACUGAGACGGGAUGAUCUGGAACCGGCACCGUGGACACCUGAAGGACUGGAGAGGAUCAAGAAACUGGGCCUUUCUGUUCAGUACCCACCAGGCUACCUGGCAGCCAUGGCUAACAAAACAAAGAAGGAGGCAUGCGCUAGACCCGGCCGUGGCGGUCGCAGUAAGCACUACCCUGCGAGGGGAAGGCCACGAAGACAACGAAAAAUCAAGGAAAAAGAAGAGAAUGAUGAGGAAGUGGAGGAUGGCCUUCCAGCAGCCAAGAUGGCAAAAGAAGAAGCACCACAAAGUAAUGGAGCGCAGAAGACAACCGGAGAUAGUGAUCUGUCACCAGCAGCAGAGCCUCCAUCUAAACGUGUGAAAAUAGAAGAGACCUUCCAGCUUACAGAGCAGCAGCAGCAGUUGAUCCGAGAGGACACGGCCAACAAGAAGCUCUGGGAUGAGGCCAUGGAGCACCUUAAAGAAGGGCCGAAUUUCCUGCGAAAGAUGGAGCAGAUCUUUAUGUGUGUGUGCUGCCAGGAGCUCUCUUUCCAGCCAAUCACCACUGUCUGCUCACACAAUGUUUGCAAGACUUGUCUCCAGCGGUCUUUCCGAGCAAAGGUGUACACCUGCCCUGCCUGCCGCCACGACUUGGGCAAGGACUAUGUCAUGACCCAAAACAAGACGCUUCAGAUUCUGCUUGACCAGUUCUUUCCCGGCUACAGCAAGGGCCGAUGAGAUCAAAAUUGCAUUUACUAACUAGGAUACGUACAUACACGCACCUAAGCAUCCAUUCUGUGUGCACUCAUAUACCGUCAAGCACCUAGAGCUCCACUUUGAAAUGCAUUGCACUCACAUAAUGUACUUACCCACAGGCAAAUGUAUAUUGCAUAUACAGCCAUUUAUGUAUACAAUCAUUCAUACACAGACAACCUCAGUAGGGACUGACCUCAUCUGCUGAACUUGGACUUUCUCCAUCAACAUCACCAGCCUGACAUUCAAAACCAAGGACAUUUUUUUAACCUCCCUACUCCUGCCACAAAAGUGGGCACAAAAACAAACGCACAAAAAAGCUCAUAUUCCCACCAAUCAUCUCGAGGAUUUUACUCAUUUUCAGUUUGUUUUCCCUUCUUAUAUGUUAUCCACUGGUUCCUUUAACGCAGCUCGUUGUUUGAGUCCAAACAUAUCCCGACAUUCAAAUUCCUGCCAACCUGUGUGCAUUUGUGUACCAUGUAUCCAGUUUUACACCAAAAUCCAGUUUUUUGGCUGCCACGUAACAGUGCUCAGUGCCAGGAGUGUUGGACUAAGAGAUGCCUUUGUUAUGCCAAGGCAAAGUUAAAAGGGUCAAAAGCAAUAUGUAGUUGAAAUGAAGCACUACAUUAGUGAUUUGUGCAGUUUUAUUUUAUUUCUAGGCCAGUCAGUGGCAUUUGCUUGCAUCCUGUUAGAUGCUCAUGUCAUUUGGAACGAUGCCAUUCGUACGCUUUGAGCUAAUAGGAAUAACGAAUGUCUCACCAGGGGUAACUGUCUGUGUUUUGGCAGAGGACAGAAAUUUGCAGCUGUGUCUUGUUUGUUUGGAGAGUUGGAUGUCCUCCUUUAGAUUUAAUGUGGAGCUAGAAAAGGCAUUUACUUGAGGAAAAAUGCAAAGCUGCAGAACAGAUCAGGGGUGAAAAAAAAGGUUCUGGUGAUAUUCUGGUUUACAGAGAAACACAGAGAUAUUAUUAAGAUUAAGCUGUAAUGUUGUGAAAAAUGCUUGAGGAGCGUUGGAUGAGCUGCCUGCUUGUUCUAUUCAGCCACAUCUGAAAGGGCACACUGUGGUUGUCCCUGGUGUUACCAAGCAACCACAAUCAAACAAAACUUUCACAGAGAUGGUUAGCUCAUAUUAUACCCAGCAGAUAUUUAUCUUCUGCUCUACCUGUUAGUCAGCAUUCACGUUUACAGAGUUCUGCAUGUUCUUUUCCAUUUUAAAGAAAUUAGUCUGAGUCAAGCACAGCCUGAUUAGUGUAGAUUAUUUGUUAAAUUACAUACAGUAAAUAGAGGCCCAUCUUAGGUUUUUAGUGACCAAGCAAAACAAAAGGGAGCUGGCUGCUAAUCCCCAACAAACUUUCUUAAUAAACUAUUAUUCACCAGUCUUGCCAAGUAGCAGGCAACAGUGGAUUUGAGUGCCUUGUGCUUUCAGUCCUGUCAGACACCAAAUAUAAGCAUUCAGUAAAUGAUCAGUUUGAUUUAGUUUUAAGUUAUUUAUUUUAAUAAAAUUUGCUUUUUAAAAAUGAUCAUUUCACACUGUUUUAAUUGGGGAACUUCUUGUUUGGCUGCUUGUUUUAAUGCAAUCUUAAAUGUUUGUGAUUUACAGCUUUUAACCCUACUUUAGUAGACCUCCCAAAUAAAUCUAUUAACCUGUACAUGAGAAUAAUAACACCCAUUCAAUGAAAUGGCAAACAUUUUUAAAAAGAAGGUAUUGAAGGUUCAUUGAUACUAGUUCUUAUACAUGAAGACAGUGUUCUUGGUUUCUGGUUCUUAAGGGCCACUGCUCUGUAUGAUUUAUUUUUUUCCCUGCUUCAACACACCUGAUUCCAUGGUAGGAGAUUUUCUCAAUACCUUGUUCUCAGGUCCUUCACAAGCCUCUUAAUAAGACAACAUUUUGGACAUUUUCUCUCUAGAAAUGUUUUAACUAAAUGGGACAAAACGUGAAGACGUGGACUGCCAUUACCUAAUUAAAACAUGCACUCAAAACACUGCAAAAGAAAUGCAUAAAUUCUAAAUCCAUGUUGUAAAUAUGUUAAAACUAAUUUACUGAUAUCUGAUUAAUAGUUGUGUUGGUUUUCAAAAAAGGAAGGAAUGUAUGAGAGAAAAGCUGAUGUAUUUCGGUUGUACUGGGGGAAAACAAGGUACUCGUCUACAAGAAUUUAGAGGCUGUAGAGAGGAAGAUUAUUUAUAUAUAUAUAUAUAUAUGUAUAUAUAUAUAUAUAUAUAUAUAUAUAUAUGUAUGUAUAUAUAUAUAGCUUUUUAUAUUUUGUGCCUGUUUUCUGGCUCAGUAAGUUAAGCAUUGUCUAGAUCAUCAUCAUGGCCCUAAAUAACCAUGAGACAGAUGACACCUGUGAAUGUAAAAAAAAACAAAAUUGUUUUCCUGCACAAAUUUGAUGGAUUUUUACCAAAUAAUUUACAAAUUUACUUCUAUUAAAACAGGUGUGGACAAAACUCAAAACAAUCUCUUUACUACUAAUUUGGAUUAAUUUUUUUUAAUAUUACUUCCCUCGUAUGGAUCUAUAUUGUGAAGCUAGUAAAACAAUUCAACCAAAAGCACAUGGAAAAAUUUCCUACAUUUUUAACUUCUAUAGACCACUGCAACAAUACCCCCCACAACAGUAUUGAGUCUUAACUUACAGAAAGCUCCUAUAAUUUUCUUUCUUCUUAGCUUUCUGGUUCAAGGUAACAUUGUUUUCUCUACAAUUUAAAGUGUAAGAUUUUUGGUAUUUUAAACUCCUGUUACUGUUAACUAUGACUGUUACAGUAAUAGUCUAAUAGUCUGCUUAUAUGGAGGCCUGGCAAUUUUAACAGACCCAAGUGAACAGCUAUUAUUAAAGAAGAAACUAUAGAUUUAGGUUUGUAUUGUAAGCAGCCGACACAAAUUUGCAACUUUUCUUCUGCUGGUACUUAAAAAUGUACUGGGUUGGCAGGCGUGAUAGGAACCAAACCAAAUAUUUUAUGGAGCUCAGCGGCACCAUCUUUGCACUGCUUGGCAUGUGGACAGAGGUCACAUAAAGCGCUGCAGUUCGGAUACUGUAUCCGAGUUGGUUUUGUGGGAAAAUGUAGCCCUCUUUCAAUAACAUACUGUUGUCAUGUUUAACUGUAUCAGCCUAUGAGGCAAAGCCAUGUUGUGUGUGAAGCUGUAUUACAGCUGAGUUAAUGCAGCCGUUUCUGUUGACAUGCAGGUCAGAGAUGAAAACUCUUUGUUUGACCUUGUUUUUCCUUCCCAUCCUCUUUUUUUGUUGGCAGGCUGUUUGUUUGUGGUAAAGUCCUUGUUUUUGUUCAGUCAUUCAGGAUUUUUCAUUUUUGUUUUCUCAUCAUGCAAGUACAAAUGCUACUAUGGUCUUUAAAGCUAACUGUGAUGUGCAUUACUUCCACUGUUGCUUUAUUUUGUUUAGGUUAUUUUCUUCCUGCAUUGACUGGCAAGCUAAAGCCCUCCUUUCUUUCUCUGCUGUGACCUUCGCUCCCUCUUCCCGCUGUCUUCUGCUCUCCGUGAAUCUACAGUCAGUACUUACAACUUUUAGACGUCUUGUGGACGCUUGGCUUCAGUGCUGUGUUGUUUUAUUUUCAUUGCACUCUAUUGAAGAAUAAAAGUUUGAGAAAUCACA